AUGUUUGCCUCAAGACAGAAAAGCUCUCUACUGAUUUUCUGUUCACAAGAAUCACAACUAUGUCAUCGGAAUUUGAAUGAAUUUGAUGAAUCUAUAGCACCAGCAGUGGGCUUAUCUGUUGGUUUAGCAAUUGGUCAAACCCUAGUUUCAGAUGAGAUCUCCCAGUUCAUUAAGCGGUCUGAUCAAGCUUGUAGCCUGCAGGUAGCUCAUGAAGUGGACAAGCUACCCAUCAGAAUUGGAUUCAUGGCGUGCUUCAAUUCACUCACCCAGGCAAACGAAUGCCUGUUCUCCCAUACCGUAGAUCUUUGCUUGGUUCCUCGAGAAGGAAGUCUUCCAGAGCAUUGGAAGGGAACACGCAUAUGGAGAUCAGCGAGGAAAAUGAAUCGCAUAUGGAGAUCAGCGAGGAAAAUGAAUCGACAAACUAUACACGGCUUCUACUCUGUAUCAUUAGCUUUAUGUUCUGCCGCAGGCAAAAAUGUGAAAGACAUCAGGCAGAGUCACAUAGGUGAACGAAUGAUUGGGCAUCGUGUGCAAGUCAAACUACAAGGGGUUAACCAGUUCUUCCUUAUACAACGGGUAUAGCAUACAAAGAAAUGUACGGCUACUAGAAAGCUUAUCGACCGCAUAUAUCUCCAGAGGCUAUCAGUCAGUAAAAACAUUAGAUCAGUUUAUGGUCCAGAGAUAAAAACAAAAAUAGGAACAUGAGGAAA